GCGCAUUCACACAGCGGCGUGCGGGGCAUACUGGAGCCUACAGGCGGCGGGGACAGGGAGCAGGACACCGCUACAGCCCGCAGACACCGGGGACCAGUGCUCACCGGGCUCUCCACCACGAAGGUGAUCUUCUCGUCUCUCACCUGCCUGCCACGCCUGCAGAGUAUCUGUGCCAGCAACCUCUGGAUCCAACCAUGACGGACACUGUUCUGGGCAGGACCUUGGAUCCGAACAUCAGGCCGGAUGGCAGGCAAGGCAGUGAUAAAGACCCGUCUGGCAGGACAGCCUGGGCGACGUGCCCGUCCCACGGUUACGAGCCGCAGGUUGACGAGCUGACAGACGAAGAGAAGAUGAUCAUCAACAACGUGAUGGCGCGGGCCCAGCAGAUGGAGCUGGCGGAGCAGGACCGGAUCGGGCACCUGAUGACCCGGCUGGAUGAUAUGAAGCAGACGGCCCGUGGCGAUGGCGUCUCCUGCUGCCUGCUGUGUGGAGCACAACUGAAUGCACCUGGAGUCAGCUCGGCAGUCUGCGAGGACUGCAAGAAGCACGUGUGCACCAGCUGCGCUGUUCAGAAGACCAGCCGGCCCCGUCCACUGUGGCUCUGCAAGAUUUGCAGCGAGCAGAAAGAGGUGUGGAAGCGAACUGGCGCCUGGUUCUUCAAGGGCCUGCCCAAGCUCUUCAUGCCCUCGCCCAUGCCCGUUUCAGAGCCAAAGGGCCGAGGUGAUGAGCAGGCCACGCCCUCCCCAGCCCUGAAGCCGCCAGGGCCGAUAGCCCCUGAGCAGCCUCAGACACCAAGCAGGAGAUCAGCGGACAGCCACACCCCUAGCAGUGAACAGCAGAGUACAGCCAGCAGGCUCCCCGCCCAAGGAGCACCCCACCCUGUGGCUCCCCAACCUGCUAAUGUGCCGACCACACCAAGUGAAUCCCUGUACCAGACAGAGAGCCAGUCUGGCCCAGCAGUGGUGCGGCUGGCUGAUCCAGUGCAAAGCUCUGCUUACCCAACUGCAAUCCAACCUGUGGCUCACCAGGCUAAGACAGCUCCUUCUAAGGUAGAGAGCUGCUAUACCACAGCCAAGAAAGAAGAGAGAGCGCCCCCUGCUCCCCAGGAGGAGAAACGACAAUCAGCCGGCCAGAAUCCCCAGCCAACCCCAAAACCGGAGGAGGAGGAUAACAGCUGUGAUUCAGAUGAAGCCACCACUCUGGGCUCCUUGGAGUUCAGCCUGCUCUAUGAACAGAGCAACAACUGUCUGCAAUGCGGCAUCAUCAGAGCCAAGGGUUUAAAACCAAUGGAUUCCAACGGCCUGGCCGACCCGUACGUCAAGCUGCACCUGUUACCGGGGGCCAGCAAGUCAAAUAAACUCCGUACCAAGACCCUUCGAAACACGCGCAAUCCAGUGUGGAAUGAAAUGCUGGUGUACCACGGCCUUACGGAUGAGGACAUGCAGAGAAAGACCCUUAGGCUGUCUGUGUGCGAUGAAGACAAGUUCGGCCAUAAUGAGUUCAUCGGGGAGACACGUGUGCCCCUAAAGAAGCUGAAGGCGAAUCAGAGGAGGAGCUUCAAUGUGUGCCUAGAGAGGGUGGUCCCGCUGAGACGGGCAGGGACAGCUGGUUCAGCGCGUGGCAUGGCACUAUAUGAAGAGGUGAAGGAGACAGGAGAAGCAGAGGAGAGGGGGCGCAUCCUGGUCUCUCUCAUGUACAACAGCCAGCAGAGCCGGCUCUUCGUGGGCAUAGUCCGAUGUGUCCACUUGGCUGCCAUGGAUUCCAAUGGCUACUCUGACCCUUUCGUCAAAAUCUGUCUGAAACCAGACAUGGGCAAGAAGGCAAAGCACAAGACGCAGGUGAAGAAGAAGACCCUGAAUCCAGAGUUUAACGAGGAAUUCGGCUAUGAGGUUAAGCAUAGUGAACUCGCCAAAAAGACCCUGGACGUCUCUGUGUGGGAUUACGACCUUGGGAAAUCCAAUGAUUACAUUGGAAGCUGCCAGCUGGGCAUCACGACCAAAGGGGAACGUCUGAAACAUUGGUAUGAAUGCUUGAAGAACAAGGACCAGAAAAUCGAGCGCUGGCACGCUCUGCUCAACGAGAACCACGUCUCCAGUGACUAGGAUGCACCCUGCCACCUUCCUCCUGCACAUUGUCCACUAAUGUAUAUUCCUCUGGGUCUUUGUCUUCCAAAGCCGUUCACUAGCUGUUAUCUCUCCACCCGCCUCAUCUCACAGCCAUCUUAUCUCCGGGCUCAGGCACCCAAACUGCCUUCACCCCACCAUUAAUAUGCCUGCUCAAGUGAACAAUCCGUCUAUUAGUCUAUAAUAAAUAGAUCCUAAAGCUUUAUCUCUUGUUACAGGCAGGAUUCUCUAUGUAGCCUUCAACCUCCAACCUAGAAAGUCUGCAGGUUAACUUAUCUCUCAAAACAUUGAUUUUUCAAGCUUGUAAAUUCUUAUGAAAACCUAAAUUGAAUGAUAUAAUGUCAUGAAACAGAUUUACUUUUUUAAGCAAUAGUUUUAAGGACAUAUAUCCUUCUACUGGAUAAGAGGGUGGAUGGAUGGAUGGAUGGACGCAUGCACUGUACAUAUGUAUGUAUGUUUUGGUGUACAGCAAAGACUCAGUUUGUUUUGAUGCCCGUUUCUUAUGGUAUUGAUCAAACUGGGCCUUUACAUAGCAUGCUGCCUUGGGGGAAAAUUCUUCCUUCCAACGUGUCUGAGCUGCGUGUCAGGCCGCAUUGUUAAAUGGCAUCAUCAGUGUAGCUUUUUUCCCGCUCUCAGGAGUAAAAGUCACAGCCUCUCUCCCCUCCAGCGAUUACUCUUCGCUGAGCCGCACACUGUCAGUUCACCUCAGCAAGAGUCUCAAACAACUGCCAGAGGCUUAGAGAUGGCAGGUAGGAAUGUGCACAUGGGCCGCAGCUCUGGCUUAGUUAUAUAUCAGCUACUUGGAGAAUAAAAGUGUGUCUCUGGAUGAAGAAAGGUGAAUGUCUUCCACAGCACUCCGACGGCUUGGUCCAAAUACUGCUCUGGACAGAUGCUUCAUACAUAAGUCACAUGCAGACACAUUCAGCAGGAGGUUGGCAUACUCAAUCAGGGACCAGUCUUUGAUCCCCCCGCUGAUCGUUGCCAUCUCCUAAUAUAAUAUAGUGCAACUUAAAGUUCAAGAGAAUGGUCAGUGAAUCCUUACUUUGGAGCACAUACAUACGUGUAUAAUUUACUGUCAAUUUUAUUUUAAAAUGUUUCCACCAAAUACUAAUAUUUUUACGGGUUUGUGUUUGGCUUGAUGUGAAUUGGCGGUAGAUUGUUUCGCUGUAGUAAAUUUCAACGCUGUUAUUUCGGUUAUCACAGUUUGUUGGGCUGUCGGAUCUAUGUGUCUGUAGUAAGUAUAAUGCGUAUCUGUGAACAAACGUAUUGCAAGGGGUACGACGCCAAAUGGUCCGUCAUGUGUCACACUACGCGCGUAACUCCUAGUUCGCAAUGGCUGUAACUUCUGUUUACUACGCUUCGCAUGAUGAACCCUACAGUGGUGCUGACUGGGAUUUUGUUUCCGUCUUGCGAAAUUCGUGUAGAUAACCUGGAUUUUUCCUGUAAAUAGACUGCUUUUAAUUAUUAUUUAAUUUUGCUGUGGUAACGUUUGCAAAUGGGAAUAAAUAGUUGAAACAACAUGAUCCAUCUUUACUGGUCAGAAAUAGAAUCCCAGAAGAAGAAAAAAUCAUCCUGAAAAUACGAAACUACAAAUGGUAACAACAACCCCUUUAUGGCUCUUAGUGAAUGUGUAUUAUAUGGGAGACCUCUAUAGUUAAUGUUUAAUGUAAUGCAAUAUUAAAGAUUGUCUAAUUCCAUACAUGCAUGUACGGGAUUCUGUGCCUGGCGUAUUUUCAAUAAACUGCACGUGACGAUU